AGGUAAAGUAAAACAGGUUCCGCUAUCGCGAACCUGUAAUGAUCUAAUGAUGCCCCCUUCAGGGAUGAUAUGGUAUCAACCACAACAGUUUGAACGAAGCGCGUGUGUACCUGAGCUGAGUCCGCGGCAUUACGUCCACCUGGCCAGGCGUGAGCGUCAUCAUACAUUCAAGACCGGUUUAUGUGGGAGUAGGUAAACACUGCAGCUUAGUGGGAAAAGAAAUCAGGCAACAGAACUCCUCGUCGGCCCAGUGAUCGUUAAUCAUUUACAGGCACGUUUCUUGGUGCAUCGUUUUCUCCCGCCUUGUGUUGACCCCGGUCCCGGACAGGGAGCCAGUGCCACUCUACCGGGAAAUAUGAAGACGCAAAAACUCCAAUGCGGAAGUGUUGGGUGUGAGCUUGUUCUGGAGGUUCAAGAGGAUGUUCCUGUUCAACUGAAUCCAGAGGAUUUGUGACGGUAGCAGGAAGUGACCUUUACUACAACCAUAAAUGGCCAGCAGAGAGCACAGCAGCCACAGUGUGGAUAAUUUUGUUGUCGUUGAUGAUUUCUUCUCUGAGGCCUCAGGCCCCGGUGGUUAUGAGUCAGCCAUCGUGCAGCUGGUCACCCACUUGAAUGAAGUGCAGGAUUCCUUGAACAGUCUCUUCAAGGAGCUCAGUAAGGAUGAAGCAGGGACAAUCAUUGACCUCCUUAGCUGUUCACAGAACAGCCCAGAGUACAGGAUUCCAGAGGAAGAGUUUGCAGGGGCAGGCCGCGGGGACAUCGCAGCGAUCUUCACAAAAUACUACUGUCAAAACAUUGAGGCUAUCGGAGACUUUCUACAGCAGAUCUGCCGAGAAGACUUGCUGACCAGGCUUCCCAUGAUGCAAUCCUUUUGUCCAGCAGACAGUGGCUUUUUCAAGGGUACUCUGAAGAUCAAGGAAGUUCCACUUGCCAUUUUCCCAGAGAAACAAGCCACGAUCACCUCCUUCCUGGGGCAUGUGUUUUCUAAUGGACAGAUCCUGGCUCAGGCCUUCUUGUACACAGUUCGCCCAGGAGAACCCAUGGAGCUGGACUAUCUCAUUGAGAGGUCUGCUGUCCAACUACCCUCCGAUGCAGAUCAGUUGAAGUAUCUGGUGAAAAAGCCUCUCACAAAAUUCAUACAGUUGCAAGUGUCGUACAUCAGCAUUGAACAGAUAGGUGUGGAUAUAAGCAGUGUAAAGGGAGAAGUACAAUUGAUCUACAAUGAGUUGAAGAUUGCUAUACUGGAUGGGAGCCCAGAGAAGCUGAAGGCUGCCAUACAGAAACAUGGCUAUAGUGCAAUCAGACUUGUUUUGGGCAAAGAUCUAGAGGAGGGAACCAUGGGUUCCCUGUUACACAUUGCCAGCAGAGAAGGACAUGUGAAGUGUGUGAAUGAACUUCUAGAGAUUGGAGCCGAUGUUAAUGCCCUGGAACAGGAGGGCACACCUUUGUCUCUGGCCUGCCAGUCUGGCCAUACUGAUGUGACUGAACUGCUGCUGGAACAUGAGGCAGACCCGUGGACACGUAUACACAGGCAGGGUACUGCACUGGAGAUUGCCUCUCGCCAUGGACACAUGUCAGUUAUCAAUAUCAUGCUGGAAAACUAUCCAGAUCUGGUGAGCUCCCCAUCCACACUGACUGUCCAGCUGUAUGCUGCCUGCUGUGGAGGACACUUGCCUGUUGUGCAGUUCUGGCUUGCUAAUGGAGCCAGGCUCACAUCCUCUGAUGAACCAACACCUCUGUAUGGGGCAUGUUCAGGUGGCCAUGUUGAAGUUGCCAGGUUCCUUGUGGACUGUGGUGUUUGUGUGACUCAGAAUGAAGUAGACUCCUUCCCUGAAGUGUUGGCUCUGACCAUGGAGAAGUACAUCUCAGCCAAGGACAACAGGACAUCUCCACCUGGGGAGAACCCACCUCAGCAGCUUGUUGCAAAGUGGAGACAGCGUCAUCUGUACGCCAUGCAUGAGACGUGGCUCCAACAUCAUACUGACACUUUGGUGGAGAUUGACCUGUCCCACAAUGCACUGUGCAGCAUCCCAGCCAUCCUACCAUGGGGAAUGAACAAACUGGAAAGGCUAAACCUAUCCCACAAUGCACUUGGUGCUCUGUCUCUUCCAGAGGGUAGAGAAGAGUCUAAUGACAUUCUCUGCUUAAGAAUGGUGGACAUGGAUGUCUCACACAACAGACUUCAGUGGAUCCCUCCCCAACUGUUCCUCAUCCCCAGCCUGGAGAAACUCAACCUCUCCAACAACCAACUCAAGUCUCUGGAGUAUGCACUGGAGGAUGAGAUUGCUGAUCUGUCCAACAGGCCAACUCCUGGCAGUGGUACCAGGUGGAGGUGUGAGAAGCUGAAGAUCCUGGAUGUGUCCCACAAUCAGGUGACAGAACUGCCAGAGGCCAUCAAAAACAGCAAAGACUUGAGCAGGCUGAUCCUCAACCACAACAAGGUCAAGGUGCUGCCCAAUCCAUGGGGAUGUCCUCUGGAUGUCCUUGAUGCCUCCUCUAACCUCUUGCGGACCUUACCUGCCAGCCUGGAGUUUUUCUGGUCCGACACAUUAAGGUACCUCAUCCUGAAGAACAACAAGUUGGAUGAGAUACGUUGGGAGGUCUGCAGGCUGAAGGCCCUGACAGAGUUGAACGUUAGCCACAACAGACUGGAAAAGUUUCCGAAGCCAGAACACUGGAAAUGUCCCUACUUGACCUCUCUGGACAUCAGUCACAACAAACUGACCAACGGAUCAUUACCUGAGUCCCCCAGCACACCUGGCCCUGAGGAAAAGAAGAAGAAGUGGAAGCUCUUUGGAAAGAAGAAAUCAACAGGGGAGGUGGAGAGGCCCAAGUCUGCCAUGUUCUAUAACGAGGAUGACCACUAUUCUAAGGAGAUUGAAUUUCCAGAUAUUUUCAUUCCCAGGUUACAGACCCUCCUGAUGAAUGAUAACAACCUGCAGUCAGUGCCCAGCAGUAUCUGCAAGUUAACACGGCUUGAAGUGUUGGACCUCAGCAAUAACCCGGACCUGCAUGAGCUGCCCCUUGCCCUGGGGAACCUGCGUCAGUGCUGGCAGCUGGGGUUGGAUGGCCUGUCCCUGCACCAUGUCCCCAGCCAUGUCAGACCUGUGCGAGACCUGCUGGCAUUCCUGAGAGCACAGCUUAGAAUGUCAGAACCCUGCAACAAGGUCAAGCUCAUGUUGGUUGGAAAAGAGGGUACAGGAAAAACCACUGUGCUUGAUGUGUUGAUGGGAAGGCCUGCCCAGCAGAACAUGCCCACCAACGGAGUACAGGUUGGUCAGUGGUGCUGCCUUCCCCCAAGGAGAAGAUCUGCUGGACUAUUCAACAGCUUGCCUCGAGAUGCUAAGCUGCAAGCUCCAGAAGUCAUCUUUAACACCUGGGAUAUGGGAGGCCAAGAGGUGUACUACCCCACCCACCAGUGUUUCCUGUCCCAGAAUACACUGUUCCUGGUCACCUACAACCUUACCCUGAGGGAGAAAGGCAUCAGCAACCUCAAGCCCUGGCUGCUCAACAUACAGGCUCGAGCACCAAACUCUUAUGUCAUCAUUGUUGGCACAUUUUUGGAUUGUGUUCCAAAGAACGAGAGGGCUGGACAGGUGGCUGCCAUGAGAGAGAUGAUUCGUCAGAAGUACCUCGAGCCUGUCAAGGGUUUCCCUGAUAUCAGAGCUAUACAGGAGGUAUCGUGCAGUACUGGGGAGGGUGUGGAGGAGUUGAGGCAGGCGGUGUAUGAAGUCGCAUGCAACAUGAAGGACAAAGACACCGGGGAGAAGCUAGUGGGCAGAAAGGUUCCAAGGAGCUACCUUGAGCUGAUGAAGGCAGUAGAGGAGGAGGCCCAGUUCAGACUAGAGACUGAGAGACUCCCUGUGCUGAAUGAGGAGGAAACAGAGUUCUCUGCCCUAGUGCAGAACCUGCCUGAUAAUGACAUCACCACCAAAGAGGACAGGGAGCUUGCUGUAAGGUUCCUGCAUGAGAUUGGCUCCGUGGUCCACUUCAGUGACCACCUGCGUGGGCUGGACUCUCUCUACUUCCUGGACCCAUCAUGGCUCUGUGACAUGUUAGCCAAGGUCCUGACUGUGGAGGAGAUCAACCGCUAUGUACAGAACGGUCGCCUCCACAAAAACAAUGUGCCCUUCCUGUUCAAGGACUCGCGCUUCCCUGAGCAGUUCAUCCCCAAGUACCUCCAGCUGCUGGAGAGGUUUGAGAUCGCCAUGGCUGUGGACGACCAGGAGCUACUCGUCCCCUCCCAGCUGCCCCAGGGAGCCCCAGCUGCUACUGAGUAUGUGUCCCGUAAGCUGCUGCGGAGGUACUACCGCAUGGUGUACGUCCCCAGUGGCUUCUGGAGCAGGCUAAUCUCCAGGUUAAUCAUCGGGCUGGAGCGAAUCAACAGGCAGGAAAGAAAAAGCCAACUGCAGCAAAAGCUUGCCUCUUGGAAGGAGUCCAGGGUGAUCAAGCGCCACCCCAGUAAGAGCUUCAAACUGCAGCUCCAGAGGAGCUACUACUGGAGGGAGGCUAUGGAGGUGGUGUACCAGGGAGGGGAGGUCAGAGUACAGUCCCUGUCCAGUAGUGCUGGCAUGGACCCAUUAGGGAUGGAUGGGGUGGAGAUCAUUGUCAAGUCUGAGACAAAUGACUUCUCAGUCAUGGGUUUUAUUGCUGACCAGAUCGACAUCCUGAUCAUGGAGUGGUUCCCAGGUUUAAAGCAGGAGGUGGAUGAUGAGGGCCGGCCACUGGUACAGUGUGUCAUCCCCUGUCCCGAGUGUCUCCGCAGACAUCCUCACAGGUGCUCUGCAGUGGGAGACCCAAAGGACCCCAACAGACCCCAUGAGUUCAUGUUAGAAGGAUGUGGGUUGGUGGCCUUGCAAGAAGACACAGUGGAGUGUCCCAAACACCCUGACACCCCUGUCCAGUUGGCAGAACUCGUGCCAGACCUCCUCCUGGUAGACUUGCCAGAGAAACUGGUCAUGCAGCAGGAAGACUUACAGGUGGAGUUUACAGGGGAACACCUGCUGGGUGUAGGAGGCAUGGGAGGGGUUUACAGAGCACUGUACAAGGGGCAGGAGGUGGCAGUUAAGUGUUUCCACUCAGAGGAGAAAAUCAGAAGAGCUGCAGCCUCAGCAAGCAGUCGAGAGAGUAGGGGGAGUGAGGACACAGAGAGUCCUAUUAGUUCUGCCAGCAGCGCACCCAGUUUUGAUGGACAACUUCUGCGGACCCUUCAAGGCACCCAGGCAGUCAAGGCCUUCUCUGAGCUGCGGCGGGAGGUGAUUGUUCUGCGGAAGCUGCACCAUCCCUGCGUGGUGUCGCUCCUGGGGGUGUCCAGGCGACCUCUCUGUCUUGCCAUUGAGCUGGCCCCCAUGGGGAGUCUGAGGUCGGUCUUGGAUGCCAAGCAGGAGGAACGAGGAAACUGGACUGUGGAGAAGAACGCCGGAGCUCCGUUUGGCCUGCUCCUGGAGAGAGACAUCACAUACAAGAUUGCCCUGCAGGUGGCGUCAGCCCUGAAGUACAUCCAUGACAGGGAGAUCGUCUACUGUGACCUGAAGUCGGACAAUGUGCUGGUGUGGAGCCUGGACCCACAGGUGCCCAUCAAUGUCAAGAUCUCUGACUACGGAAUAUCCCAGUUCAGCUCUCCACAGGGCGUGCUCAGUAGUGAUGGGACCCCGGGGUUUCAGGCUCCUGAAGUCCGUCCUGGCAUGGUGUAUGACUUUAAGGUUGAUAUUUUCUCCUAUGCAAUGCUCCUAUACGAGUUGUCUACGGGCCUGCGUCCCCUGGGUCAGUACACCAGUGGCCUGGAGAUUGCCCAAGCCCUCCGGGAAGGUGUCCGUCCCUCUCUUUCAGACCGCAACAUCAGCAUCAAUUUCCCCUGUCUGGAGAUGCUCAUGAGAAAGUGCUGGGUGGCUGACCCUCAACGCAGGCCCGCCAUAAGGGACGUAAUUGAGCAGCUGAAGGACAUGACGUUCAUCAGUCAGCAGAGAGUGAUAGAACUGAACAGGCAGCUUGUUAGUAGCAUGCUGCCCUUACAGGCACAGGACGGCAGAGACACUGUGAGUGUAUGGGGAGGGGAGGGGGGCAGAAGAACCUACAGUGUUGUAGAUGUGGAGCAGGAGGUUUUCAGGAUUGACCAGAAGAAACUUCCCGGAGCAAACGUCUACUGCAUGGCUGGAGUUGGUGCCAACAUCUGGGCAGGCACUGGGGCAGGUGAGAUCGAGGUGUAUGGACACAGGAGGACAGUGGGACUACAAGACCACCUGUGGACCAUCAGAUGUUCACCAGGUAACCAGGUGCUCUCACUCCUGGGUCACCAGGUGGAGGAAGUAGAGAACCUGUCAUCAGUAAAGCAGAGAAAGAAGAGGAAGUACCAGGAGGUGUAUGUUGGGCUCAAUAAUGGUACCUUGAGGCUGUACAGGAGAGCCGUCCCUGACAACAUGGACCAUGAUGAUGACAACAUCAGCAGAACAGAGUCAAUGGUUGUUGCUCAGGAGGAAUCAGAGUGGGAAGAGGUCAAGGAAAUUGUUCUUGGUGACAACCCAGAGGAGAGAGUGACAUGUAUGGCACUGGUCAACAAUAAUAAGGAGUUGUGGGUGGGAUGUGGUGGAACUAUUGUCAUCAUUGGCACAGCAACCAAGCUCAAGGAGCACAGUGUUGAGUUGUUUUACAAUUCCCUGAUCCAGCUAAGGUGCCAUGAGAACAGGGUUUGGUGCUUUGAACGUGGAUCUGCCAAAGUCCUUGAGCUAGACCCCAGCAGCCACCAACAGGUCAGGGAGUUCUCAUGCGAAGGAGACCAAGUCACAGUAGGCUCCAUACUCGUGGUGAAGGACACACUGUGGGUGGGAACAAGCACUGGUGAUGUCCAGGUGUUCAACAUCAACCCUGACUCCCCCCACUAUGACAUUGGACAGCUCCUAGCAACUUUGAAGACUGAGCCACCAGAGCAGGGAUGUGACUAUGGAAGUAUCCAACAUAUGACAGCUGUGGGGGGGAACAAGGUGGUGUAUGCAAGGGACCAGAUACGAAAUGCCGACAGCCGUAUGUGGUAUCAAAUGGUGACAUGGGGAGCCAUGGGUACACACGACAUACACAGAGUACAAAGUUUCUGGAAUGAGCUAAGGCAGGCAGAAAGAGAAAUAUUAAAAGAGUGACAUAGGACAGUGGAAGCUUGAAAUACUUCAGAAUAAUCAGUCUAUAAUUUUAACAUUACCAGCUGGUAUGCCUGUACAGAUGUUGUGAACCACAUGUUAUAUGUACAUACUGUGCAACAUGUAGUGCAUUUUGUGUGACAUGUCAAAACUAUAAUAGUACUUCUGGGUACAACCAAUUAUAUAAUUUUGGAAAAUCUAUUAUGUAUAAUUGUACAUGAUAUUAUAUGAUGUAUAAUUGGACUACUCCCUAGGGAUAAAAAUAUACAUAAAAAUAUAAACUUAAUCAGGUAAAGCAUUCUUGAAACUAGAAAGGCAGAUAUUACAAAUACAGCACAUUUCAAUCCAUACUUUCAUUCCAAAACAGACUGUUCCAUAUCAACCUUAUGAUUCCAUGUACUCAGAUAUACAUGUAGUGCUCCUCAAUAAUAUUAUCAAGCAUUUCCAUACCACCAUGUAGUCCUCUAGUGCUUUAUAGUUGCCCGUAUACACUUUUUUUAGUAAAAUAUCCUCGGAACUCCCAUUGCGGCAUGUUUGUCCUUUAAGUUUAGGUCACUUCUUAACAAAUUUGACACCUCAGGUCACAUCAUUUAGCCAUAUUAUGUCUACUGUCUAGAAGUGAUGUAGACCAGAUGGUGAAUUUGUUACUACCGGGUACUACAUGACCAUGACCUCAAAUAACCUGCAGUUAGAAGUGUUUUCUCUAAUUGUGCAAGCAGGGCAAUCAAUGUCUGCAUUUAAAGAUAUGUACAUGUACAUGAUGUAUUGAAAUUUUGUAUAUAAUAAACUUGCAGAAAAUUUUA